AUGUUCAUCUCAAGUUGCGCUGAGAGAACUGAGACGCAGUUGUCGGCGGUUCCAUUAAGGUUUGGUGGAUUAUUCAUCCUCGCCAAUGGAUCGCUUCAGCCUCCUGUAACCUCGAACUCCAUCAAGAACCACCGCUAUCGAAUCAUAUCGACAGCGACCACAUUGCCACUUUUUGUCUUUCAAAGACUCUGCUCUCGCAAUCGAUCUUCUCGGUAUAUCGCUUUGAUCUGCGCUGAGCCCGGCCCAAUCUUUAUCUCAGCAGGUGGCGCCGGAGUCUCAGUCUCCCAAUGUCGGAAUGCUCGCGGGUGCCAGUGA